AUGUCUGCUAAACUUGCUCAAGCUCUUGCUUCCGUUGAUGAAAGCUCUAAUGAUCAAGUCAAGAAAAUUCAGCUCUUUAAUAACAGUGUGGAGAAACAACACAGGGUUUCAGACCUAAAUGACCGGAUCGAUAGGAAGAAUUAUGGAGACAUUCUAACUCGAACAACAAAGUUUGGUCCCAUUAUCACCUUCCUCAUGUUCUGGAUCAUUUUCAUCAUGCAUCUCAUGCACCUUUAUAGUUUGGACCAAUGUGCAUGGGGUCCACAACUGCUGUCGGCUUGUAGUCACAGGCCCCCAUAUAAAUCAAUGAAGCAGUCAAUUGGGAACUUCUCAACUGAUGUUCAACAAUUUGAUGAUUUCUGUCACUCACAGAAGUCUAUUACUUGCUUGGAUAACCUAAUUCAGACCUCCAGUAUAUCAGAUUAUGAUCUUGGGGGCGAAGGGGAUCUUUUCAAAGCACCUGAACCUAUAAUUGAACAACCAUUAAUCAGCCUUGAUCCUAUGACAUCUGCAAUUGCAAUGAUCACUUGCGGAGAAGACACCAUUUCCCCCCAAGAACUCAAAGUUACAGAUAUCGAAUCACUGCAGAACGAAGAGUUUCUGAAUGAUGUUUUCUAUGAAUGUAAAAACAUCUUGGCUCAAGAAGCAGCAGCAGCAGCAACUGAAUCAUCACCAUUAUCUGAAGUCCUAAGUUUCAGUUUCCCGGUGGUUACAACAGAUGAAAACAGGGUUGCAAAGGAGAACGUCCAUCCAUCAUGUCAAAUCCCAAAAAGCAUGAGCGCUGAUAGUUUAAACUCAAUGGAUUGGAUCCAAGGCGCUCAAAUUAAGCCAAGUUUUCUGAAUUUCAGUGAAUUAGAUUUUGGGAAUGCUUAUGGUAUGCGAAGGGCUUUCAGUGAUGGAGACAUAAAGACCCUUGCGGAUGCAAACACCAACACGGGACUGAUUCAAUAUCCCCUUGGGCUUGGGCAGCAGCAGCAGCCGCCACUAAUCAGUGAGCGUGCCAUUGAAGACCGUAUGCAAAAGCUCUCAAGAUACAGGAACAAGAAAACAAAGAGGAAUUUUGGCAGAAAAAUCAAGUAUGCUUGCAGGAAGGCUUUGGCGGACAGUCAGCCAAGGAUCAGAGGAAGGUUUGCAAAAACAGAUGAAUCGGAGAUGUUGUUGAGAAAGUAGUGAAGAGGAUAGAGAGCUCUAAUCAGAUCAUCAGCAUGUAGAAAUUAUGAUAAUAGAUGAAAUGAAGAGAAGAAAAUUAUUGUGGUAGCUUUGCAAUGCCAAUGCCACCCGCCCCCAGUGGUCAAAGUCAGAGUGAGUAGGGUUUGCUAAAUAAGGAAAGUAGCUAGCUAGCAAGACAUAAUCAUCAUCUCUUAUUAUUUGUAAUAAUCUUUAUAGUCCCCGUAAUGCUCCCUCAACUUGUCUUGUAUAUAAAGUAUUUGUUGAAUAACUAGUUUUAAUUUAAAUUCUUGUGCAUGUGCGACUCCUUUCAGAUC